AUGGCUGCCUUGACCCUCGAAUUACGAAAUCACGACGAAGAAACCAUCGAGUGCUGGGAUGACGAUGAAGACCUGCAAUGCUAUGAUGGCCUCCAGCUGCGUACGGCGUCGAGUGCCACCUCGGUAACAAAUUCAUCAGUCCGCCAAUCUGGCCAUAGGGACUCCAUUUCGUCGCGUCGCUCUGCGCGUUCUGAUUUGGAAUCUAAUUGCGGUGGUGAUGAGGACUGGCAGGUUCAGCUGCUGGACAACGACGAAGUGGUCACCGAAGAGGCUAUUUCCUCUGCCAAAGACGCCGGAAUACCUUUGCCAACAAACAUCCCUAGAUCAGCCCUUGUUGGUGGCACCAUCAAACGCCUGGGGCGGAGGAACAAUACAACAAACGUCGUCGACGAUUGGGCCGAUGACGUGGAUUUUCCCGGUCCCGAUGGCGUACUGCAAUUGAAAAGUCUACUCGAUACGUCUUUCCCUGAAGCACUGCGGCAAGUCAGCUCCGUUGCUGUAAGCCCGGUCAAGACUUCGGCGUCAGCCGUAUGGGAUCGAGACAUCCCAACUCGACUACAGUCUGCUUUAGUAGCGUCGGCUAAUACCAAGAUGGGUCACGACACGGAUGAUGCUCAUGACAUCCCUACAAUCAAAGUUGCGAGACCUCGCUCCCAAGACAAACCCUCUCUUCUCAAUAACCCCAUGUUCCACAGAGAUCAUCUUAUCGCGGACGAUUUUGAAGCGGACUUUGAUCUGUCAAGCGGUGAUGUUAUGUUCCGACUCUCUCCUUGCAAAGCAAAUGCAGGACCCCUGACUCCAUCGACUGAAGAUGCCGAGCUAGAUUGGUCGGAAGGCAGUAUUGGGGUUCGAUUUGCUGGAACUACUAGGGAGCAUAGAUCGAACCCCUCAUCUGUGUCCGUUAUCAGCCCGAGCGCUUCAAGCUGUCCCACGGCCGGAAGCGAGGACGAUGGCCUCGAUGGUCUCGUGAUCCCCGAAGAGCCUCUGGACUUAGAAUCACAUCUCAGAAAGCGAAGAUCGCCUGCAGAUCAAGACACGGCUUACGCAAAGACUCCCUGUGCCACUCAAUCUUCAACCAAGAGCGACGAUUUCUUCCUAGGACUUGAAAUCGAGGACGGCGAGGUCUUUGAUCCCCAAAGGCUGUCAAUUAAUCCUAAUAUCAAGUGCAAACCCGAGCCCUCUCAAAGUCCUAUGCGACACUCAACGAUGACUCUCACAUUUACCAACACGACGACAUCUCCCAAGUCUCGGAUUCCACGUCCAUCUGGCCCUGAUCGCCCGCACUUGACACAAUUAGAGACCGUUUCAGAAAGCGGAGCACCACUUUCGCGAUUUCGGACAUCACAACACCGAGCUGGGACUCAUUCGCCACAAUCUUCUGUAACUAGUCUCCCAUCUGCUCAACAAUCCUCGACGCCUCACCGACGGCAUACAAGUCGAAAUAGCAAAGAAAUCCCAGCAGAAUGUGUAACGUUUGGGAGACAUUUGGCUUCGAAACGUUCAAUGCCAACAAUGCGCGAUGCGCAGCAAAUUGCCACGACGCUCUCAAGCCAACGCCUUCCUAUCUAUUCUGAUGUGUCAAGCUCGUUUUAUCAUUGUAUGUCUCGUCCUAAAACCCCGGUAGAUCGCUUGGGGAACGAUAUGAAACAAGUGAUACGAAAAGCUCAAGUGCCAUUCAUUCCUGCUGGGGCAUCAGAAAAUCAGUCACACCAUGCAAGCCUUAAGAACUACCGUCAGGGUCGUCGCAAUAACUCUGACAUUUCCAAUGAUAUGUUCUUCCCAAGCUAUAAUGCUCGAUUGUCACGGAGUCGCCAUGAUCCGCUUAGCAAAAGCCAUCCCGAAUCUAGCCCCGAGGCAUUAAUCGCUGCUACUAAACGGACUCUCACUCGGCCGACUCGACGCCGGAACUUUGGAGACGGAUCGGAGCUGGCUUUGUUCGAUGAUUUGCCUACGUCUUCCUCCGCGGAGAGCAAAUUUAUGAAAAACCCUUCCGGGCGAGGUGUUCCACGGUCACUGAGAAACAAACUAGGUCCUAAUCCGUCGACUUCUCCCAGAGCAGAAACUUCAUCUCCACGACCUACAAGUCAUAUAGGUAUCUUGCCCAAAUCUGAUACUACUCCUAGGUUUGCACGAGACACCAAUGCCUCUAGAAAUGCAAGGGAGCAGCGCAUUGCCUCUUUGUCAUCUAGUACGAAACUACGCGAGAGUCACCCGCUUGCUGCUUUAGGCUCAAAUGCCAGAACAUUUAAUGUCACACGCGUGCCUUCCGGCUCGGAUUUCAUCAGAAGGAAGAAGUGUAAAGCCACUUCGCUGCCUGGGGCCAAGCCUCAUCUGAUUAAGCCACUGGGUACCGGUGUACAGGAAGCGAAGUCGGUCAAUGGUAUGCGGUACAAUCCGAGAUCUUUCUGUUGGGAAGGAAACGAAAACUCGGUUCGUGCGUUUGAGACAACCGUACCGAAGUCUCCCAAGCCAACGCCCGCUCUCAUCACAAAUGUUGGGGCAAUGCAGAACGUGCAGGUUGUUGGUGGAAUGGUAUUUGAUCCGCGGCGUAUGUGCUGGCUAAAAUUGGCACCGUUACAACCUGGACAGGAUGGUUUGGUGGCUGUCCAGGACGAAGAUGAUGUUUUUGCUGGUCUGGAUGACUUGAAGGAAGCCUCCGAUACGGUGGGUCGACGUUCAACAGCUAAUCAGGAGGAUCUGUGUCUUGCAGCAAGCGGAGACGACCGAAGCUACGGGGACUCUUCAGAUGAGUGGCCCAUCACUGAAGAAUUCGAUGUUGGCCCUGAGUUUAUCAGGAGACAGCGCGUGGAGGAAGAUAAAUGGAGGCGCAAGGUGGAUAGAUGGACCAGACUUGAUCGUGCGAAAUUCGGUGACGGUUGGAGAUGGGCUAUCCGAGAUUUGGUCCGCUUCAAUGGCGCUAUUAGUGCCCCGGAUGGUCACCAUGCAUGA